AUGGAUGUAAAUGCCUUUUCCCACAAAUGGUUCGAUCACAGACGUAACGAAAAGGGUAGAGUCGUCGAAUCAAUGAUUACGGAUCUAAACUUGACCAUUCUGAAUAAGGAAGGAAAUGAAUAUACUUUUCAAGGCUCGAGAGGCCGAAGCAACGUCGAUAUUACACUCUCAACCGAAUCCAUGGUAAACAGUAUACGCGAUUGGCGGGUACUCAAAGGCAUCACCAGCAGUGAUCACCUGAUGAUCUGCUUUAAACUACAGGAGCAUGUAUCGGACAGUAUCAUACUAGCACCGAGAGUGCGAUACAACGACCGCAAAAUCAAUAAAUCCUUGCUUGCCGACACUGUUGCUAAGUCGUUAGUAUCCACACCAUUGGACGCUACCAUAAACGGCUCAGCUGCCCGGAUAACGGACUGUCUGGUAAAGGCAUGCGAUCGGCUGCUGCCUAGACAAUGCGGGUCAAGGAAAGCACGUCCCCCGUGGUGGAACACGGACACCACCGUCUCAAGGAGCGAACUAAAUCGGGCUCAUAGGGCAAUGCUCAGAAACGACAACCCAGAUACCAGGGCACGAUUUAGGGCUGCCAGGAACCGGCAAGUGGGUAACAUCCGUGCAGCCAAAAAAGCUAUAUGGUCCAAGUUCGUAGAAGAUCAGUCUAUGUGCAAAAACCCUUGGGGUAGGCUGACGAAAUGGUUAAUCAAAGGUAAAAGGAUUCAGGCAGUACCCUCAGCUCUGAGAAUGCCCGAUGGUAGCUACACUUCGAGCUUGGGUGAUACAGUGAGUUACAUGUUAGAUGAGCUGAUCCCGACCUCGAACACGGACAUCAGGCCCGACCUUGUCCCCAGAGUAACAGGUCCUUUCCCGCAGGUAUCAGCGGACGAACUCAGAGCAGUUAUAAUGCGACAGAAAAACAAGGAACCAGGUGCCGACGGACCAACUGCUAGGAUUAUAAAGGCAGCCUGGCCCGCUAUCGAUCAAAAGAUGUACCUGCUGACAAACAAGUGCCUCAAGGAGGGCAGAUUUCCUGAUCCUUGGAAAAAUGCGGCCAUAGUGGUACUCCUGAAGGGCAAAGGGAAGGACCCAUUAGUACCAAAAAGCUACCGCCCGGUCAGCCUGCUCCCGGUCCUCGGCAAAAUUUUAGAAGAAGUAAUUUGCGACAUACUUGAAACAGAGAUCGGGCCCAACCUAAGCCCUCGACAUCAUGGCUUUAGGCUGGGAAAAUCUACCACGACGGCACUUACCGAGCUACAAACCUGGGUCGACCAGAGUGACGGACAUGUACUCGGUACAUUCUUAGAUAUAAGCGGGGCAUUCGACAAUGUCCAAUGGCCAAUGUUGAUCCAGGAUAUGCGUCACCUCAACUGUGGUCUCACCACCACAUCGAUGGCAUUGGACUACCUCACGAACAGAACAGCCACCUACAGGGUGGAUGGAGUAGAGCGCACCAAGACUCUAACCCGAGGAUGCCCCCAGGGGUCUAAAUUAGGUCCAAGAUUGUGGAACCUGACUAUGGACAGGCUACUCAAAGUAAAACUGCCGAACGACACAACAAUAGUGGCCUAUGCAGAUGAUAUCGCCCUGCUAGUUUCGGGCAAUACCAGAAAAGACAUAUUAAAGACCACGGAAGAAGCACUGGUGAUUAUUGCUGAGUGGGGCCAAAGAAGAGGACUGGCCUUUUCAAAAGAGAAGUCUGUAAUGAUACCCUUGAAAGGCGGACUUGUCCCAGUGUUUACCGCUGCCUGA